CGCUCGGUCUGGCUGCCUACUGGCUCAGAGAGAGAGAAGCAGAGGAAGGUGGAGGGCGCAAACGGAGAGAGAAUCCAAGAAGGAAGGGAAAACAAGAUGAAGGGAGGAAAAGAAAGGAAACCUGCCUGUUGUACAACAGGCUGAGACAAACAGGGAGUGGAAGGCAGUGAGGAGGAGCAGAAGUGGAGGAACCAGUAGCUCUCGCACAGUUCCAGGCAGAAGACAAGGAGGUGUGUGGAGGAAGGGAUGCUUCUCUCUGGUGCUGCCUGAACCUGACCAGAGAGGAAGAAGGGAAUCCCUGGAAGCAAAGGAGAGGAGCAAGGAAGAGGAUGGAGAAGCAGAGGAGGAGCAGAGAUCCCUGCUUAUCGAGACCAUCGGGUUCAAGAUGCUGUCCAAGAUCGAGUGUGUGAGGGCGGUGUGUCAGCGUGUGUAAUGGACAUCUGCUUGCACUGACUCCACCUGUCAAAGCGAGCGCGUGUGUGAGUGUGUGAGGACGUAAACAAGAUCAGGUGCAGUCAAGAAGAUUCGCUCACGUGGGCAGGAGCAUGGACACACUCACACAUAGUGAAGCCUAAAUCCAAUUGAGACGUAAUUGGGAAAAGAAAAGGCAGAUUAGUGGAGCAACAAUGGAGCAUCACUGACACCCGCCAGGUUCAGUCGGCACCCCCGAAGCUGCUCUCCACCGUCUGUACUCCGAGGAGUGGACCUGAAGCGUCCAAACCAAGGACUUGAACACCAGCACCUGUGACCUCCCGAAGAAGCGGGGUCAGCCGUCAUUGCCUGUCUCCAGUGGAUGCCUCCUAACUCCAGCCAUGGGAGAAUGGACCAUCCUCGAGCGCCUCUUGGAGGCUGCCGUCCAGCAGCACUCCACCAUGAUCGGAAGAAUCCUACUGACAGUGGUGGUGAUCUUCCGCAUCCUGAUCGUGGCCAUUGUUGGAGAGACCGUGUACGAGGAUGAACAGACCAUGUUCAUCUGCAACACCCUCCAGCCAGGCUGCAACCAGGCCUGCUACGACAAAGCCUUUCCCAUCUCCCACAUCCGCUAUUGGGUCUUCCAGAUCAUUCUGGUGUGCACACCCAGCCUCUGCUUCAUCACCUACUCCGUCCACCAGUCUGCCAAGCAAAGGGAUCGGCGCUACUCCUUCCUCUAUCCCAUAAUGGAGAGGGACUACGGUGGCAGAGAUGGUACACGGAAACUUCGUAACAUCAACGGGAUUCUAGUGCAGCAUGGUGGCGAUGGUGGUGGAGGGAAGGAAGAACCGGAUUGUCUUGAGGUGAAGGAGAUCCCCAAUGCCCCGCGAGGACUCACCCACGGAAAGAGCUCGAAGGUUCGCCGACAAGAAGGAAUCUCACGCUUCUACAUCAUCCAGGUGGUGUUCAGGAACGCACUAGAGAUCGGCUUUCUGGCCGGUCAGUAUUUCCUUUAUGGCUUUAGCGUGCCUGGAAUUUUCGAGUGUGAUCGGUAUCCGUGUCUGAAAGAAGUCGAGUGCUACGUGUCCCGCCCCACCGAAAAAACUGUUUUCCUGGUCUUCAUGUUUGCGGUAAGCGGCAUCUGCGUGGUGCUUAACCUGGCGGAGCUCAACCAUCUGGGCUGGCGUAAGAUCAAAGCCGCCAUCAGGGGUGUCCAGGCCCGCCGGAAGUCCAUUUGCGAGAUCAGAAAGAAAGACAUGGCACAUCUGUCUCAGCCGCCCAACCUGGGACGCACCCAGUCCAGCGAAUCAGCCUACGUCUGAUGAGGAAGAAGAGCGCGGCUGCGGAGCAGGGAAGGGGGGUGGGGGGGGGGGGGUGAAAGUUUAAGAAUGAAUCCAUUAUGAUUUUCAUUUCACGAAGACGGUGAUGAGGUCGACCCAAAUGACCUCUUCUGCGGGAAGAUGCAAUGAACCAGAAUGUACUACGACCUAACCUCCAACUCAGUGCAAUGAGUCGAACAGGGAGAAGGUGAAAAAGAUAUUGGAGGACAAAAAGUUCUGUUCAGAGAACAGAUAUUCUUACAGCCAUUUUUUUCUUCUUUUUUUACUUUUGUCUUUUCUUUUUUUUGUACUAAUUAGCAUCUCUGUUACCCCUCAUUCGUUUUUAAUGAGAGGAAUUAAUCCUUAAGGGAAGAGAAGAACUCGGGUUAAAAAAGGGAAGGAGGAGGAGGAGCAGCAGACUGCAGGACACUGUUUUGUGUUCCCCAACAAUACAGUGUGACGAUGGCAGGGUUUAAUGAAUCCCAUGGUGCUUUUCUCUCUGGACUCUGUUACCCCCGAGAAACAAGGAGAACAGGACUUGAGUGAACAGGGGAAGCCAUAGUGUCAUUAAAAGAGAAACGGAAACACUGUCAAAGUCGCUACAGACUUUAGAGAACGAAGCAAGUUUGGGAGGGCAAGAGAGGGAGUCAUCACGCUGCGGGAUAACAAGGGAGGAGAGAGGGAACUUUCCUCUUCACUUCCUUGCCUCAGUGGCAGCUGGAGGUCGUCCCAAGCCAAGCGACGAGCCAGGAGCUGCCUCUGCUCAGUGUCAGCAUCUCCCCUGUGAGAACAUCUUCCAAACCAGGACCCGGAGAAGAAAAAAAAAAAGACUGAUGUUUUGUCUCUUGGCAAAAUAGGAUUUCAACACAACCAGUUCCAUACAUAUUUUUUUCUCCUCUCUGUUCCCUGGAUGGCAGCUAUAUCAAGAUAGCGGUGGAGAUCUCCGGAUGACAGCAAUGACCCUCGUACUCUUCUUCUAUGUGAGAGGAACUCAUGAACAAAUGGACUGUCAGCACAAACCGUUCCAGCACUGAAGGAUCCUCUAAGAGAAGGAAAAGAAAAAUUGAAAUGAAGGCUGAAAAAAGAUCACUUUAUUACACCUUUAAACAAAUUUUAUAAAUUAAUAAUUUUUUUUUUCUUUUGGGAGAUGAUGGUGCCAUCCAUUGGAUAUUGAAUUUUUAUUUUCAAAAAAAGGACAGAGUAUAGGAUGAUAAUAUAAAUUAUCAAAGAAAAAUAUAUAAAAAUAUUUAUUUCUCCUGGGUGGGUUGGUUUAAAAAAAUGUUGCUGUUUGUUUUUUUCAAGUGUAUGAAUUGUCUGUCUUUUCUAUUUUUUUUUUUUUUUUGUUGGUGUUGAAGAACUUUACACUUGAUCAAUGUCAUGUACAGGGAGGAAUGAGAGACUGUGAAACUGUGCAACUGAUCUUUGAGGGGGAAAAAAAGAAUGGAAAUGUGUCGCUUGCAUGCAACUCCACAGAGUUUUGCGGAGAGAGCCUUGGUUUGCAUCUUCAGUGUCAGCUGCACAGUUUCAGGCAUUUAAGGCCUACGAGCCAUUUGAAAAAGGCAUGUUUACUCGUCGCGACGUUUUCUCGAAAGAUCAAGCUGCGCUACCGAUGAGCGGAAACUCUCGAGGGACACUUGCGUUUAUGAAUCUCAGUUGGUUUUUAUUUCCUUUUCCUGACUGGAUUUCGGCAUGCAUGCAAUGUUGACGAAGCUAAGAAUGACAUGAAAGAAAAAGUGUUGCACCUUGAUCGAUGCGGACCAGUUGGAGAGUGGCAGACUGAAGGAAUUCCUUUUGGGAUGAAGGCUGCACACACACAUGCAGAUUGUGUUUGGUCACCACGGUGAAGAAUGAAACCAGAUAUAGGGAGAGUUCAGCGGGCGACAUAAGAUUCCCUUGUGCUGCCGACUGCACUCUCCUGGCGAGGCUGAGGCCUGCUGGCCUUGCUGCGAGGGAGGUAGAUGGAGGACAUGAUGGAUCAGGGCAAACUCUGCAGCUUAUCAUCCACCAGAACUAAGUGUUACUCUGAAAAAGAAUUGCCUUAUCUAGCUCGUGUAGCAACAAAGUUCCACUGCCAUAUUGGGGUGAUGCAACUUAAAACACCUCCAACGCACACACCCCUCUGUCUCACAGCACUCAAGUGUUAGACAUUAUCCACAUAAAAGUGGCUUUUAAGGUAAUGCAUUACAAUGGAGUCACCUGAACAUCAUUUACAUGCCCCAAUGGAAUGUAACUGGUGCUUGUUUGUUUUGGCACGUCUUUGUGUGUGUGUGUGUGUGUCAUUGUUUAGCUAUACUUGUGGGGACAAACUCUUGGCAACGCAUCUACUUGAGGAGACAUUAUGCAUUUGUGGAGACCUUUAGGCCUCAAUUUCAGGAUUACAAGUUCAAAAUAACUACAGCAUUAUAACAGAAUUUAAGUUUGGUUGGUUCAGAGUCCUGGUUAAGGUGAGCCAUCUGUUUUGGAUGGUUAGGUUUAGCAUGGGAGGCCAGGGAAAGCAUUAUGGCAAUGGAAUGUCCCUGCAAAACAUAAAAACAUAGACUGUGUGUGUGUGUAUAUCUGCCUCUUGCAAUGCUUACAGUAGAUCCCAAAACUGUCUUUCGUCACCAUUAUUUUAUGUCUCAAAGUGGAUUACUGUAGAUUAUAUUGGUGCGCUACAGAUUUUAGUAACUUGAACAUCGGUUUGAUUCGGCAAUUAUGGAUAUGUAUGGAUAGGUCCGUGUUGUGCUGUAACCUGCCUUAUUGCGUGUGUACAGUGACCACAUUUCCAUAAUGCCUUUGGAUUAAUCCAACCACUUUAAGCGCAAUUAUUAAGCAAGUGUGCUGCAGCAGAUGAUUUGGCAGUCAGUGCUGGUAUGUUCCGAGGACAAGUUCACGAGAGAUUGCCAUGGUUCUCCUUGUAUGGAAGGCCUUUUUCUCUGGAUGGAAGUGGCAGAGAUCUCUCCCCACUGAAAGGCUUUCAUCUAUUAUACCUAUGUAAACAUAGCCACCGUAGCCGUGUUAAACAGCACGCUUAGCUUGUUGCUGUGGGUCUUUAAAUCACUGCAACAACUGACGCACUGCCCCCCCCUCUAAACCCCCCCGGCCAACACACUCUGUUCUCCAUAGACCCGUGCUGUCAUAAUCUCUGUGAUUUGUACAGGUGAUUAUCCCAGAUUUAGACUCCGGGCUCGGGAUGUCUCUGAGUGGGCACAGUGCGGUCCACUGUAUACAGUAGGGAAGACACGAAACCAAGCACACCAGAAUAGCUAAAAAUAGAGGCCGCGUCUUGGUUUUUCCUCAGUGACUGGGCGCUUCCAGAGUGACAUCAUGGCUGAUUCUUUUUUACCUGUGUAUUUAGUUUAUGCGUUAGCUGUUUCUGCAUUCCUGUUUGUAAAUAGUUGGUCAUGUGAUGUAUUUUAAAAAGCAUUUCCCAGUUUAUGUCUGGUCGUUAUGUCUGGUUUCAUUCGGAAGCACACACACACGCUGGAUGAGGAGGGCAUUGGUCCCAAAUCUCCACUUUUCUACGUCACAGGUUUAAAAGAUGCAGCCCUUAACUACUAUUCCUCCAAAGUUCGCCAGCCACUUCCAACAGUCCACUACUCUCCACAGUCUACGUUUCUAUUUGUCAAUGUGAACUUAAUUAUGCAAUUUCUUUUUUUCUCAUUUGCUUACCUUUCUGACUCGUGAAUUCAUUUUGUUGUCUGUUGCUCUUUUUGUGCAGUGACAUAUCAAAAAAAAAGAAAGAUUUUUUUUUUCUAUGUAAAGGAUCAAAACGUUUUUUAAUGUAAAAAGCAAGGGUAGCGUGUCGAAGUGUAAGACUUGCAGAAAAAUGUUUUAUUGCCUCCCUUGCCAAAGUGAUAUGCAAAAUUGAAUUCUUUUUUUUUUUAACUGCAUGUGUAAUGGAUAGAAUAAGCAUGUUUCUAUGUUUUCUUCAACCGAAACUUUUGUAGUCCGAACUUCAAAGCGUCUUGAUGCCAAGUGUGUAUAUAGACUCUACAAGCCCGGGCCGGAUAGUUGUGUCCAACUCAGCGAUGCUCAAGCUACCUAGUGAUCCUUUAGCGGUUUAAACUCCCACAAGAUUUUGAAAACCUUUGAUACAGUUGUUCUUCUACAGAAUUAAAUUUGAAAAAAGAAAGUUUUGCACAUGAAUUUAAACCUUUAAACGGAGCAAGCCAGUAGUGAAGACACAUUAGUGAGACUCAAACACAGGGUAGCCUUCACAGGGAUUUAAUCAUGGCACAGGGAGACGUCAGAACAUUCCACGGUUUCCGUGCAGCACACUACAAUUUAUACGCUUAAAGACUAAAAUGCAACUCAAUUCUCAGUGAAAGCGAUUUUUAAACACAGUACAGUAACAGCAUCCUCAGGAAAGAAAAUUCCAACAAUCUUUUGUAGAAACACUGCUGUUUGCCAACUGAGCACAUGGGAAACCUUUUGUAGAAAACUCUGGAAACCUUCCAUCUGAACUUUCUACUGUGAAGCCUGGACGAAUAAGGACUCAGAUAGUCACCUUUUUGGUGCUGCUGAGGUGGGAUUCUUUACCAAAAACAGUCUGAAACAUUCCCUUCCGUUCCAGCUUCCUACUGCCCGAGAUCCGCUCAAGUCAUGUAGCAUAGCAGGCGUCCUUUAAAACCAGACUGUUAACAGAAACGUCUGCAAACGACACCAUGAAAUCACAACGUCAAGUAGCCAUCAGUGUAGCUCCUCAGGAAUGCAGCAAGAAGACCCGGUGUCACAUAACCUCGCCAAGUUUCUCUCAGUAACACCGCCAUGAGCCAAUCUUGAUCGGUUAGCUUCGGAAAAAUCCCCUCACACAUCCAAGGGCUCGCCACGUAAUUGACAAAAAGAAGCCAUAAUAUAUUUAAACUUGAGUUGUGCAGACACGUGUAGGUCAAUGCACUUAAUUCGAUUAAAUCAAGGCACAUGACAAUGCUAUUACUGAGGUGUCCCUCCCGCCCCUGCCUGCCCCUUCCCUUCUGUCAGGUUUGAGUGAUGCCAGGAAACACUCCCCCCCCACCCCCUCAGUCAUGGAGAUAUCAAUCAUCCGAUCAAGAUGACCGGGAGAACACCAUCAGCAGGCUUGUGAGAUUGUUGUCAUUUCUUCUCAAAUAAAGAGUGCAGCCUCAGGUCGGAACCAUUGCAACAUAUUUGUAACAAUCUUUAGUUUAGCUUGUAGCUAAUCUGUGACAACAUGACACGACAUGCCGUGACAUUUGGGCCACGUGAAGGAGAUGAUUUUGAAGCUAGAAACUAGCAUGUGAAUUCUGUACUCUUCCCACUCAACCUCCACCUUUGCAGCGCACUUGUGUGGUUUGGGUUAUUCUACCAUCACUUAGUUGAUGGUGCUUCACCUUCAAAUGUCUAGUUUUGAGACGCUCUUAAAGGUUCCCUAGCUUUAUGAAUUUGGUAGUGUGGGUUGGGAGGCAUUUUUAUGGUUCCAUUAGAGAAGUUGUUCUCAGAAAUUAGCCAUCAGAUUGUCGUCUUCUAAAGCACCGCCACUAAAUUAAUCUGUGUGCAAUUAUCGGUCCAUUGCUUUAGAGCUCAAGUGUCAUUUCAAUGACAGCUUCAAUAAAAAUAAAAUAUUUUUAAAAUUUCCCUCAGCACAUAUCCAUUUUUACUCUCAACCACAAGCUCAUUUUUCACUCCACCCACUUCAGACUUAGAGAUUAACAACUGAUUUCUCAUGAUGAAAUAAAACUCAGUCAAUGUAGAUUUACAUUCUAUCGUGACACAAAUAAUUUAACAAUAUUUUCCUGCUAGAUGCACAGCCCAGUGAGUGCUCUUUUUUUGUGAAAUCACCGGUUAUGCACUCCAGACUAGUCAACUUUUCAAGGGAAGAAUCACCCAAACCAUCCAAAAGUGGCUGGGCAUUUAUAGUGUUAAUGUUCUACUCCGCUAUCAGAACUACAAACUUGUGUACCACCAAUUGAGUUCUGAGGAAUUGCGAUUCCAGAUAUUACACUCUUGAAUUCAAUAGGAUUCCGGGCAAUGUUUACCCUGUCGACUUGUGUUCAACCAGCCUUGUCGUGUCGACUUCCAUCCGUCUACACGGGGUGGCGCUUCAGCUAUGGUAGCAGUUUGUUCUUUUUCACCAAAGCGUCUGCAGUUUUCUGUCACGGUUGUAUCAACAUGGAGACACACACGACAACAAAAGACACGCUUUACGUUCCUCAGACGAACUCUGCUGUCGCCGACUUACACGGCAGACCGUACGGACCUCUGCUGAAGGUUCACUGUAUAUUUCUGACUGGUGUACUGUAUGUAAAGACUGAAUAAAACCUUGA